AAAGAAAAAAAAAGAAUCCCUUCCUCUCUCUCUCUCUCUCUCUCUCUCUCUCUCUCUCUCUUGUUUUAGGAAUGAAGGAAUGAAUGUUUUAUGACUGAGAGAGAGAGAGGGAGGGAGAGUUUCUAUUUUCAAUCCAAUCCAAUCCAGAUGGAAUGAAGUAGGAAAAGAGGGCCGUGUGAUUGCUUUGAUGGUGGGACAUCCAAAUGGGGAAUGUUACAUCGACGGUUGCUGCGAAAUUCGCAUUCUUCCCGCCUGACCCACCAACGUAUGAUGUGUUCAGGGGUGGAGAAGAUGGGAAGCUCUUCUUCUCAGGGGUGACUGCUGACAAGAACAUGGACGUGCAUUUGCUUGAUACCAAGGGCGGUAACAAGAUCGUCGCCACCUUCUGGAAGCACCCAACUGCCAGAUUGACUAUCUUGUAUUCCCAUGGCAACGCUGCCGAUCUCGGUCAGAUGCUUGAGCUGUUUGUUGAGCUUAGAGCUCACCUCAAGGUUAAUAUCAUGAGUUACGAUUAUUCGGGAUAUGGGGCCUCCUCUGGUAAGCCAUCUGAGUUCAACACAUACUACGACAUAGAGGCUGUGUACAAUUGCUUGAAGAAAGAGUACGGAAUAAAGCAGGAGGAUGUGAUUCUGUAUGGACAAUCAGUUGGGAGUGGGCCUACAGUACACUUGGCUGCCCGUCUGCAGAAGCUGAGGGCUGUUGUUCUUCACAGUGCAAUUCUUUCGGGCAUACGGGUGCUAUAUCCUGUUAAAAUGACAUUUUGGUUUGACAUUUUCAAAAAUGUUGACAAAAUCCGGCAAGUCAGCUGCCCAGUUCUUGUUAUACAUGGAACAGAAGAUGAUAUAGUUGAUUUGUCCCACGGAAAACGCCUGUGGGAACUAGCCAAGGAAAAAUACGACCCGCUAUGGGUCAAGGGUGGUGGUCAUUGCAACUUGGAAACAUACCCCGAGUACAUCAAGCACUUGCGUAAGUUCAUUCACGCAAUGGAGAAACUCUCAGUCGUCAAACAGACAAAGCAAAGCCAGCCACCAAACCCGACCAUCACUGAAGAAAAACAUAACAAGUGUUUGAGAUUCGGCAAGAGAUAACUGCUUCUUUAUUCUUAAAUUUAUGUCGAGGGUCGUCUUGGUGAAGGUUUGCUUGCAAACUGCUUUAUGGAGCAACUGUGGGAAGGCCAAGCUUCUUUGGCCAUGUAUGUUCAAGUGGACUGAUAGGAAUCGUAUAGACGUUUGCUUCAGAUGGGUUGAAGUGCCAUUUUUCAAGGCUCAAGAGACGGCUCAAACCCAACAUGUGAACCCAUGUAAGUGUCAUGUCACGAAUCUGUUGUUUUUGGGGUCCGAAUGUAGUAAAUCUGAAUGUGAUGUAUACUCUGCCAGCAUCAAGGCUUGUGUAGAAACCAUUCGAUUCAAAAGCAAAUAUAUGGAUGUUCUUUUUUCCAAAAUUCUGACUCCUUCCAUUGAUGCCUUUAAAUCUUACUAUGAGGUAUUUAUGAUGCUUGAUCAAAAGUAAUAAUCUCUUUUUGUUUGAACCAGCAAUGGUAUAGGUGGGCCCAUCCUUUGGAUAACCUAAACCAACCAUAUGGUGGUCCAUGCUCUGAUGUCUCCCCUAUCUUAUGAUUCUAGGCAUCCGGUGAAAUUGACAAUUGCACCCUAUGUCUACAAAUUAGCACAAUCACAUGGUUAGGAUCAUUUGCUGGGGGGCUACUUUUGGGUUAUCUUGCAUCCACCAUAGAACCCACCAUAUGAAUGACUUAGAUCAAUUGAAGGUGAGCCCCACACACAGUUUUUUGGCUGCAAAAAUGAUUAGUUGGGAAUUGUAUGUUUGGCUAGACAGCUUUCAUGUGCGCGCACUUUGUUCCUAAGAUAUCAUAGCUUGUUGGGAGCUGCGCGGGUCCUUUUUUAGUUCCAUGGAUGUUAGAACUUAUUCAUUUAUGGCCAUUGAUGGAAGGUGGAUUCAAUCCAUUGCUGAACUUCUUUUAUCUCUCUGGUACAUUUCUUUUCAUUGAAGUCUGUAACUAUUGCUUUGAAAGACCGGUAAGAAUGCCAUCUUAUGUUACUAUGGAGCAAAUUCCACUCUUGGAUUC